CGUCGGGAGUUGUAGGCGGAAGAGGGGCUGUGAGAGCGGCGGGAGGGACGGUUUAGGGGGUCCCCCCGACAUGGAGCUCCCCCAGCAGGUACCGCCCGACCGCACCGGGCCGGGUGCCAUGGAUGCCCUGCAUGAGGCCGGGAUCUGGGCAGCCCUGGCCCUGCAGGCUGGGCCGCCCUGGCUGGAGCAGUUCUGGGUCUACCUGACAUCCCACUUCGAUCCCAAAUCCAUCUACACCUUCUGCUUCCCGCUGGCCCACGGGCUGGAUGCCCGGGUGGGGCUCAUGGUGCUCUGGAUCGGGCUCGUGGCUGAGUGGCUCAACGUGGUCCUCAAAUGGUUCCUAUUUGGGGAACGCCCGUACUGGUGGAUCCAUGAGUCCGGGUUGUUCUCCCAGGAGGAGCUGGAGAAGUUCCCGCUGCGCCAGUUCCCGGUCACCUGCGAAACGGGACCAGGGAGCCCCUCAGGCCACUGCAUGAUCCCCGGGGCAGCCCUGUGGCCACUUGUCACCGCGCUGACAGCUGAGGUGGCCCGGAGCACCCGCAGCCGGGUGCUGAGACUGAUCCCUUUCCUUGCCUACACCCUCUUCCUGGUGGCCAUGGGGCUCUCCCGGAUCUUUGUCCUGGCCCACUUCCCCCACCAGGUGGUCACCGGCAUCCUGGCAGGCUCGGCGCUGGGCUGGGGGCUGCAGCGCUGCCCCCCCAACUUCCGUGUGUUCCGGUUCUUCGUGGCGGUGGCUGUGGUACUGAUGCUGAGUGCACUGGCCCUGCACAGCCUGGCUACGGCUGCUGGCAUCGACCUCGACUGGUCCCUCCGCCUGGCCAGCGCCUGGUGCUCGGACCCGGCGUGGCUGCGGCCGGACACGCGGCCCUUCGCCUCGCUGUGCCGGGUGGUGGGCAGUGCCCUGGGGCUGGCCCUGGCCGCCGAGACCCCCCCGCGCCGCCGGGACGAGGAGCAGCUCCUGGACGGCCGCCUGCGGGUGGCGAGCACGGCUCUGGCCCUGCUGGCCCUGCAGCUGGUGCACAGGCUGCCCAGGCCCUCGGACGCGGCCGCCCUGUACAGGCACGUGGUCGUGCACUACGCAGCCGGGCCCUUCCUGGUGGUCUCCGUCCUGCCCCGGUUCGUCAUCGCCCUCAGGAGCUUCCUGGAGCCCUCCCAAGUCCCCCCCAACACCAAUUAGGGGGCCGCCGCCCUUGUUCUGGCUUGUUCUCCACCUCAUAGAGUAGGGGGAUCCCUGACCUGCCCUGGCUCAUCUGAGAGCCCCCCACACUGAGUAGGGGGGUACCCACUCCCUGCCCUGGUUCAUCCUCAUCCUCAGCUGCCCCCAGGGCCCUCCUCCCACACUGAGUUGGAGUCCCCCCUCCUGCCCUGGCUCAUCCUCACCUUCACCUGCCCCUGGGGACCCCCCAAACUGAGGAGGGGGGUCCCUGCUCAUCCUCACCUGCCCCCAGGGACGCCCCCCACUGAGUAGGGAUCUCCCUCUUGUCACGGUUCAUUUUCACCCUCACCUGCCCCGGAGACCCCCCUAGGGCAGAGUAGGGGCGUCCCUGCACCUCUCCCAGCUCAUCCUCACCUUCACCCGCCCCCGGGGACCCCUCACUAAGUAGGGGGUCCCGGCUCAUCCUCACUCGUCCCCAGGGACCAGCCCCCCACCGAUUUGGGGAGUCCUCGCCCCCUCCUGCUGAUUCCCACCCCCCGUCCCGGCUCUGCCCUUUGCUGUCCCCAUCGCUGGUGGCUUCAGGCCAGGCUUCCCCAGUUGUUGCACUAAAAGCCCUGUCCCCCCUCCCCUGGGCAGCAGGACCCCCCCGGGGGGGCGGAGCUGGGGGUGCCCCGUGCCCAGCAGGUCUGGGGACACAGCACAGGGACAGCCCCAGCCCGGGGGUCACUGACCUGCCACCCCCCCACCUCCAGCUGCCCCAGUUCUCCCCUCUCUGGAGCAGGGAUGGGAACCCCCCCCCAACGCCGGGAGCCCCCCUUAUACCACCGGAGGCGGGGGGGUCACCUCGUUUCUUACCAAAUAAAGCACCAAAACCAACCCA